UGUAUUUAGCUUUGAUUCAGACUGACGCUCAGACAGUCAGCAGCAAGACAUCAUGGAGGUUACAGCUCUCUGCUUCAGACUGAUGAUGAAUGUGUUGAUGCUGCUGGUUGCACAUGUUCAGCAAAGUUAUUCUAAGCCACCUGAUGCAGCUUUUUGUAUCGUUCCAAACCGACUGCAGCUCUUUGAAUACGGGUCUGUCUAUUUUACCUGUGAGGGGGUCAAUGCCUCAGCUGGUUGGAAAGUGAGGAACAUCAACCGAUCCUUUCCAAAAUGUUCAAAUAGCACAGUGGCGUCAACUGUGAUCUGCACCAUUGACUUUGCCUUUGCAUCAGACAGUGGAGAAUACUGGUGUGAAGGUGGAAGAGGAGAGAGAAGCAACACUGUCAACAUCACUGUCACUGCUGGUUCAGUGAUCCUGGAGAGUCCCGUCCUCCCUGUGAUGGAGGGAGACGAUGUGACUCUGAGCUGCAGGAACAAGAAGACUUCCUCGGACCUCACAGCUGAUUUCUAUAAAGAUGGCCGCCUCAUCAGGAGCAGCUCUACAGGAAACAUGACCAUCCACAGUGUUUCAAAAUCUGAUGAAGGACUCUACAAGUGUAACAUCUCUGGAGCCGGAGGAUCACCACAGAGCUGGCUGGCUAUCAGAGAAGAGAAGUAUAUUGGCCCAGUGAACCAAUGUGAGAACUCAAACACACAAUGCGCAGACAACACAGAAUCUGACAAAGACAUUAAUUUUUCCCGGCAUUACUACAUUCUGCUUUGGACCGUUGUCACUGUCGUAUUGUUCCUGCAGCUGCUGGUGAUGGGACUACUUUACUGGAAGAAACAGCUAGUCUUAUUAGAGGCAAAGCUGAAUGAUCCAAACAAGGACCUGUAUACUGUCAUCAAAAAAUACAAGAAGAAGAAGAAGAAGAAAGAUCAGGAUGAACCUUUUCCUCAAUCUUUUAACUCCACGUUCGCUGUCAAUGACACUUCGGCAGCUCUCCAAAAUGAACCAGGAGUAUCCAGCUUCACAGUGACCGCGGACCUACCGACUGAUGAGGAUGCCGAAUAUGAAUUCAUCCAGGAGAUCGAUGAGGAAGAGACACCUAACUGAAGGAGAUGGAGGACUGAUUACAUCAUGCUACAUGUACACCUUUAUCAAAUAGAAGUUUAUUCAAGUGUGCUAUUAGUAUACUUAUUUUAAACUUAAAAUAAGAGCGUUUACUUUCAGUUUACCUUUAAUGUACUUAUCAGAGAUAUACUUCAGUGUUAAGAUUCUGUUUUGCUUUAUGUUGUUUUUUGUGUUUGCUCUCCCCCUCCUGUUCUCUCUUUUCCUCCUGGCAGGGCAUGUGUGUGGCAGGAGGCGUGGCUGGCUCCUCCCAGGGCAGCAACGAGGCACACCGGGUCUUCAUUCAGAUAAUCAACCCCUCCAUAAAAGCCCAGUCUUCACUCCACUACUUCGCCAGAUAAUUCCGUCUCGUUCGGUUUCCUGUGUGCCUUGUUGCUGCUCAGCUUCCGUGUUCUCCGGUGGCUGAGAUAUUCCAUGUGCUCAGGCCUGGUGUUCAUUCUCUCCUCGCCACGGGCCUGCCAGUUCCCUGCCAGCUCCCUGCCAGCUCCCUGCCAGCUCCCUGCCAGUUCCCUGCCAGCUCCCUGCCAGCUCCCUGCCACCCUGCCUGCGUUUUUACUUCCCGGUUGGAAAAUAAACUCUGUUUUAAUUUUUACGUACCUGAGUCCGUCUCUGCUUCUGGGGUCCAAACAAAACUAAAACCUAACACUUAGCUAUUAUAAAAGAGUGUGAGAGUUUGUAAACUGAUGUUUUGAUAUUAAUUUACUUUGAUUCAUCAAGAAUUUUCUACGUUUUUGGAUUCUCCGUUCACCGCGGAGGAAUGAGAGAAUUUUUUUUUUUAUCAUAACAAAACAUCCAGUCAAAUAUCAAAAGGAGCAAGUCUCUUAAUGUAAUACAUAAAUCAUUAGCUAAAAGUUCUAUAAGUUAAAGUAUACAAAGUGUACUUUCAUAAACUAAAAAGUG